AUUUACGAGUACUAUUUUGACAUUGCGCAUCCGCAUAAAGCCAGAGGUUAUCGUUGCCUGGCGAUUAAUUUCACGCAAGCAUUACGCUGCCGUUCUCAAGUAUCCGUAGGAUACCUCGAACCUCGCGCUCUACCUCGAUCGCACUGCUCCUGGAGCGCCUGCAAUCAUGCCUUCGCAUGACAAGGACAAGCCUUGGGACACAGAUGACAUUGACAAGUGGAAGAUCGAGAAGUUCACGGCGGAAGACAAUAAGGGUGGUACUUUUCUGGAGGAGAGCAGCUUUAGCACACUAUUCCCUAAGUACCGCGAACAAUACCUCAGAGCCAGCUGGCCAAUGAUCACGAAAACCCUCGAGAAGCAAGGCAUUGCUUGUACACUGGAUCUUGUGGAGGGCUCUAUGACCGUGAAGACAUCACGUAAGACCUUUGAUCCUGCCGCCAUUUUGAACGCGCGAGACCUCAUCAAGUUGCUUGCGAGAAGUGUACCAGCACCACAGGCUAUCAAGAUACUCGAAGAUGAUGUAUCAUGCGACAUUAUCAAGAUCCGAAAUCUCGUCACAAACAAAGAACGUUUCGUAAAACGCAGACAACGUAUCCUGGGGCCGAAUGGAUCAACUCUAAAGGCCCUCGAACUCCUCACGGAAUGCUACAUUUUGGUACAAGGAAACACAGUCGCUGCGAUGGGCUCCUACAAAGGACUCAAGACCGUCCGCCGCAUCGUCGAGGAUACACUUGCCAACAUACACCCUAUUUACGCGAUCAAGGAGCUCAUGAUUCGGAAGGAGCUUGCAAAGGAUCCGGAGCUGGCGAACGAGAAUUGGGAGCGUUUCCUGCCAAACUUCAAGAAGCGCACUCUCAGCAAGCGCCGUGUGCCACACAAGGUUACCGACAAGUCGAAGAAGACUUACACUCCAUUCCCUCCAGCACAGGAGAAGAGCAAGGUCGAUCUGCAGAUCGAGAGCGGAGAGUAUUUUCUCAGCAAGCAGGCGAAGGAGCGCAAACACAGAGAGGACCGAGCCGCAAAAAUGCAGGAGAAGCAAGAGGAGAAAAGGAAGGAGAGGUUGAAGGAUUACGUGCCACCCACGGAAGAUACACCCAAAAAGAAAAGGAAGCGCGAUGGCGACGAAACCAAGGAAAAGAAAAAGAAGAAGAAGAAGGAGGUAGCUGCCGACAUGGAUGGAAAUUCAGACUAGAAUCCCUGGUGACGAACAUUGGCUUUCUCCAAAUCUCGAGACAAGUAUUCCACAGGGCCAAGAACCUUUCAUCGGACUGAGCCUAGCUAGCGGAGUCUCAUAGGACACUUCGCCGGUGUAUCAAUUAUGAGCCGAGAAAAAAAUAAACUCAGGGAAGAGGCGUUGUUGAUAAUCUAGGAAAGGAUCAGAAGGAAUGUAUUGUAGGACAGCUGUUAUCCUUUGGCCAAUAUACCCAUAUUACACACAUAUCGCACUACAACUUUGCUCGACCAAACGAAGCCACCUCGUAAGAAACUUCGGAAUGUGCUCUAUACAGUCAGAUUAAGGUUAUCUAUAUGAG